AUGUUUGCUGCUCCUGAUGAUGAUGGGCCCGAGGGCUCCCUUGCUGGUGAUGUACCUGUGAUCUCUCCGCCUAAGUCUGAGGCUGCGCAUGCUGCGAUCUCUCCGCAGAAGUCUCAGGGCAGUCUCUGCGGCGAAUCUCCGGACAAGGCCCUGGCCUCACCAUCGCCGGCUGCAGGCGUGGAUGCCUCCAGUGUGGAGGCGCCGCCGCUGCCGCCAACGCCCACGCAGCUUCGGCCUUCCACCGUGCCUGCGGUGGAUCCUUGCACCUUGUGUGCAAAGCGCCCUCGUGCGCAGAAGCAGAAGUUUUGUUGCACAUGUCGUGCUGACAUAUCCGCGGCCAAACGUGACGCAGAGAGGGAAAACCAACUUGAGUGGUUCAAUGACUUGGCAAAGAAAAAUGCCGAAGAGUUCCAGGACUUCAUGUUUGAGUACGUUAAGAAGCAGAGUUCCACGAGGCGCAAGUACUCCAUGCGCCUGAAGUUUGACUUCUUGCAGUAUCAGGAGGCUCGCCGCACACAAAGCAAGUUCAAGCUCGGCUACAAGGCGGUUUUCAUGCACAAGAAGCGCGCCGUGAACCACUGGAUGGAGCGUUUGGGGUUGGAGAGAUCCGAGGCUCUCACCAAGUGGGCUGAGGAAUCCGAGGCGGCAAAGUACAAGCUCAUGAAUGGCCCCCGCGACAGCCCGUUGCAAAUCCCUGUGAAGCUCGACGACUUUUUGGUGGUUGAGGACAGUGUGAUAGACGAGAAGAGCAUGGUGAAAGACUACAAGAAGGUCAAGCACUCCGCGGAAGCCGAGCAGCUCAUGGAGGAGGCGUUGGAAGGCCGGGCAUUCACGGACAAUGACAUUGAGAGGUACGGCAUCGACGCAGCGAACAGCGACCUCGUGAAUUCGGUCUUUGGACGCAAGAUUGCUUUGAGACCACCCACCGCCGCCGAAGGUUCAGCUUCAGCUGCGGAAGACACUGCUGAGCAGGAGCCCGGGCCCGCGAAGAAAGCCAAGACCUUUGAUGCUGGCACCGAACGCAUGGCUAUCACGAACAAGCUGAUCGCCGCGGUGGACAAGGAGCUCGAGGCACUGAAAACGUGUCGGUCAGACGUGGCGACCUUCCUGCAGGACAUGGACGUGGAAAAUAUGUGCAACAGCCCGGACACGCCUGCGAGUGAACGUGAUGCCAUUCGCCUCUUAGACGCUCGCUUCAAGCUGUCGGAGAAGCUCGUUGGCAGCUACGAGCCGGGCAAGGCCCUUGCGAGUGACGAGGUGGUGGCCAAAGAUACUGCAGCCUACGCAGCCGCGUUCCAGACAGAGGUGGCCGAGAUGCCCGACAUGUUUGCCCAAGCCUAUCCUGUUUCCCAUAUCGUGCGGCAAGUUCAAAUCGAGGUCAAGAACGUCAACUCCCAAGCAGAACGCAAAGCGCUGGAGCAGGACUUCAAGCCUGUGAUCAACCUGCUAGGUGUCAUGCGAUCGUCUUUGAAGAGUGCGCACGACAAGAUCAAAAAGUUUGCCAAAGACAAGACAUCCAAGCAGGAAAGGGAGAAGCGCGCCGCCGACGCCGCGCAAAUGAAAGCCAUCAGCACCGAGAAGAGGAAACGGGAGGCGGAAGAACGAAAGCUUACAAAGGCUGCAGAGAAGCAAGGUCGCGUGGGGUCUCUCUGGGACAUCGACUACGUGAAGCUGGGUGUGCAGGUGAUGUCGCACGAGAUCCUGAAGGAGCCCGGUGACUUCCAGAAAUUGAAUUUCUCCCGGCCGUGGAUCGCGCGAUACUCGCUCUCGACGCUGCCCAACACGAAGAAGGUCGUGGAAGACGCCAAGAUUCAAUCUUGCCUAGCAUCUUUCUACAAUGGCUUCCCUGGAUCCGCGGCUUCUUUGCAGGGAACGAGACGGUUCACGCAGGCGGUGAAAGAGACCAAUGAUCUACGAGACAUGGUCCUUAAGGAGUUCGGCAUCGCGGAAUCACGUCCAGGAGAUGGGUAUGAUGCGCUGCAGUCCAUGACAGACACCGUCGCUGUGUUCGGCUACGGUGAGGAGAUGACUGCCUGCGGGCUCGAUGUGCUUCAGCUUCCCUCCCUGCGUGUGCAGGUCCAGGGUCAUCGUUGGGUGUUCAUGAUGCCCUUGGAGGCUGUGGUGUCUUAUGUGAAGACGACAAAGAAGGGCGAGCGAGUCGCCUACAAAGAUGUGCAGGACUUUCUGAACGCGCUACAGCCCAGCACUGUCGCAGCGUACCUGACCAUGUUCCCGGAUGGACUUUGCCACGCGUUGAUCCACAAGGAUACCAUUGCGUAUGUGCCGCCAGCGUGGGUGCUCGCGGAGAAGGUCGUCAACAUGAAGUGUGCCUUCGGCCUUCGCGUGCUGUGGUCCCCUGCCAUGCAACUGGAUCGAAAUUUGGAAGCUGCCGCCGACUGGGUUGGAGAUGCUGCUGAGGGUGCCGCGUCUUCCAAAGGCCUCGCUGCGCUCUAUGCGCAGUGUCAAGCCCGUCAGGUUGAACAAGACAAGGAGGCUGCAGAGCGAGCCCAGUUGGAGGAGCUCACGCGCCAGGAGGAGGAAGCCCGGGCCCGUGAGGCCGAGAUCCAGAAGAAAGCCGCGGAGGACGCCAAGCAAGCCGAGAAGAAAGCCGCGGAGGACGCCGCGCAAGCCGAGAUGCAGAAGAAAGCCGCGGAGGACGCCGAGCAAGCCCAGAUGCAGAAGAAAGCCGCGGAGGACGCCGAGAGAGCCGAGAUGCAGCAGAAAGCCGCGGAGGACGCCGAGCGAGCCCAGAUGCAGAAGAAAGCCGCGGAGGACGCCGAGCAAGCCGAGAUGCAGAAGAAAGCCGCGGAGGACGCCGAGCGAGCCGAGAGGCAGCAGAAAGCCGCGGAGGACGCCGAGCAAGCCGAGAUGCAGAAGAAAGCCGCGGACGCCCAGCAAGCCAAGAUGCAGAAGAAAGCCGCGGAGGACGCCGAGCGAGCCGAGAGGCAGCAGAAAGCCGCGGAGGACGCCGAGCAAGCCGAGAUGCAGAAGAAAGCCGCGGAGGACGCCCAGCAAGCCAAGAUGCAGAAGAAAGCCGCGGAGGACGCCAAGCAAGCCGAGAUGCAGCAGAAAGCCGCGGAGGACGCCCAGCAAGCCAAGAUGCAGAAGAAAGCCGCGGAGGACGCCCAGCAAGCCAAGAUGCAGAAGAAAGCCGCGGAGGACGCCAAGCAAGCCGAGAUGCAGAAGAAAGCCGCGGAGGACGCCCAGCAAGCCAAGAUGCAGAAGAAAGCCGCGGAGGACGCCAAAGCCGAGAUGCAGAAGAAAGCCGCGGAGGACGCCAAGCGUGCCGAGGAGGACAAGCGCCAGGCCGAGGUCCUGAAGAAAGCUGCGGAGGAUGCGCGCAAAACCGAGAUCCAGAAGAAAGGCCAGAAGAAAGCCGAAGCCCAGCAGCAAGCUGACGAUGCCGCGCGUGCUGAGAAGGCAAUGCAACAGUUCUUCGAGAAGAAGAAGGCUCACGAGGCGCACAAGAGCGAUCCGGAUCAGGAGGCUGUGAACUGGUGCCUAGCAUGGGCUGAGAGGCACCUUGCGUGCAUCCAAGGGGACAUGUGGCAAACCUUGAAGGGCAACCUUGAGGCUGGAGUCGAGAUGAUCACACGCUUUUCAGGGUUGGAUGCGCCGUCCUGCGCGGCCCGGGAGAUUGAACGAGCUUGUGCAGCUCGUGGCCUCCGGCUUGGUGCACGGCAAGGUGUGUGGCUGCGCUCAUCGGGAGACAUUGCAGUCGGUGCUCAAAAGUGCCUGCGGCACCUACACGCAGUGCCUUCAUAUGCCAAGCAUGCCCCGUGCCACAUUUUUGACAACCUGGAGGCAUCAAUUUCUCCAGAGGCUCUGAGUGCAAUGAGGAGCAUCGUUCAACAGUUUGCAAAGCCAGAGAUGUCUUUAACAGAUCAAAAGGCCUUUAUGCGCCGCUUGAUGGAGCCGCUCUUGCAGCCUGGAGCUUUGUUGAGCUCAGCGCCGUGCCUGCUGCAUGAAUGUGAGCUCGGGUGCCCGUUGAAUGACGACGCAGGCCCUGCAGCGGGGCGCAAACUGCACGUGGCGGGAUCCCCUUGUGUGGAUUGGUCUCGGAGGGGAAAGCGGCAGGGCUCUGUGGGGCCCACGGCUAUACCCCACACAAUUUGGCUGGCACAUUUCAUCGACUCCGGCGUUUGUCUUCUCUUGCAUGAAAACACGCCGGAUUACCCGGAUUGGCAGUUGAUGGAUGCCUUGCAUUUCUUCAGCAGCCGUCAGUGGCAAAUUGAGGUGUUCAACAUUUGUCCAACCAUGUUUGGCAUUCCAGCCAAGCGAAAGAGACGUUACUCUGUUGUGUGGCACGCUGGUCAUGUGUCCUUUUCGGGCACCUUCCGGGAGUUUGUGGACAUCUUUGUGCAGCAGUGCGACCUCAAAGGUGACGUAUUCUUUCGUGGAGGAGAAAGCAUCUCCCAACAUGACUCCAAGACCAAGCACCAAAGUUUGCAAAAGCAUCACGACCUUCGCCUUGAGAGGAUGAAGACCAACCCGGCUGCCGCCGCGCAGGACAUCGCAGACUUAUCCCAGCGUCCGCCAUUCGGCACUUUGGACACUUUGAUCCCGUGCUUGACGACCGGUGCUUGCGUCUACAGCUUGUCAAAGGGAAAAUUUCUCACUGCCCAAGAAGCCCUGGAGGUGCAGGGGCUGGGUGAGGAAGCGCCGGUGUCCCGCUUGCUGGCGGAUGGCAAGCUGAGCAUCGGUCAAGUUCGCAAGCUGGCAGGAAACACGAUGGCCCUUAGCUGCAUUGGAACAAUGAUGCUGUACAUUCUCUGUCGCACAAAGCCUGUGCAGCCUGUGAUGCCAGUGACACCUGCCACUCAGCCUGAGUCGCAAAGCUCGCAAUUCCCGUUGCAGUCCAUGGGAUCCAGGCAAUUUUGA